UAAAAAUAUAACUGUGAAAUAUCUAAGCACUCAGCUGUGCUGCUGUCAUUGGAGAUUUUGACAUUUGACAUUAUUUUCAUCUCGCAGCUUCGCAAAAUAUCAAGCUAUAUGUUCAAAGUACACUGUGAUAUCAAGUAUAACUUGUAUGAUACUAAAUAGCUUCAAGGUUUUCAACGUGAGUUGGACUUUACACUCAGUGUAUAUAUUGACUCUGUUAAUGAAUCCCGCUUACAAACUUUGUAAUAAACUAGCCAUGAGUCUCACACCUGGGGCUCUGUUAUCUAGUGCAGCUAAAGAAAGGUGUAUUGCAAGCAUAAGUGAACUGCCGUCCUUCAAUAUUAGAAGUGGAAAAAUAAAAUCCAGUGCGUCUGUCUUAGUCCCAGUAUGCGUGGAAAAUGGGGAAGUAUGUCUUCUAUACACGUUACGAUCUUCAAAUUUAAGCUCACACAGCGGCCAGGUAUCAUUUCCUGGCGGCAAAAUGGAUAAGAAUGAAACUGUUUACGAUGCAGCCCUCCGCGAAACAGAAGAAGAAAUAGGCGUUCCAGCUAAAGAUAUAGAAAUCUGGACAAAAAUGUCUGAAGUUCAAGGUCGAGACCAAAAAAUCCUGAUUACACCUGUAGUUGGUGAAAUUAAGAACUUUGAAAUAAACAAAUUGGUACCAAAUGAAAAUGAAGUGGCUGAUGUAUUCACUAUUCCUAUGAAAGUGUUCUGUGACACAAACAAUCAUGGUUGCAUUAGGUACAACGGCUUUGUUAUCCCAGUGUUCAAUGGUGGUAAGCACAGGGUGUGGGGCAUCACGGGGAUAAUCACACAUCUCUUCUUAAACUCUUUCCUGCCUAGUGAAUUGUAUAGUCCAGAGUUUUUGAGAAAAGAAUACAAAAUAAGUGAACUUAUGCCUGCAAAACUUUAAGCAUAGACAUUGGACCUUGAACCAGAUUGUUUCAUUAGGAAAAUUGAUUUAUUUUUUUAUUUAUUAUUUUAAGUGAUGAUAAUUUAUUUUAAAACUGCAAAACUAGAUUUAUGAAUAGUAAGUACAAGGAAUGUACACAAGGACAGUAUUGUCAUAAAUUUUGGACACAAAAUGCAAUUAAGUACAAUAUGACUAUGUAAUGUUGGUUAACUAUGAUUGGCAUUGUACACAUAAAAGAUAAUUUAUUGGAAUAAAGAACUUUUUAUAUAUAUUUAUAUAUGAGAAA